CGUGAUUCUAACUGCUUUCGGAAGCUGUAAGAGAUCGGGGGUAGAUUGUGGGGUGCGUGAUGUUCAAACAUUCCACGCGAGUACAAGACAGAUCCCAUCCCCUCCUCUUCCAUUGUCCCUUCUUGCCAGGUUGAAAUCGUGCAGAUAUUCCGCCAGGUUGUCUCAUUCGGCAUCAAUCAAAUUUAUCAUAUAUCUUCCUAUUACCAUGGCUGCUAGACUUUCGACGCGCAUUAGUCUUCGAUGGGUGCCAGAUGAACCCGAAGAGCUCACCAAUACCCUCGUCAUGAACGUUGGUGGCUAUUUCAUGGAUCUCCGCGUGAACAAAGCAGACCAAUCCAUCGACUGGGCAAUGGCGGGCGAGCGACAAAUUUUAAGCAAGAAUCCUCUAAAAUGCCGCUGGAUCAAAGCAAUAGACUCCCUCGGUCCAUCGGACCCAGACGAAGGCAUAUUCUCGCCGCUUCCAAACGGCGAUGAUCUCGAGACUGGCUCCAUGCCUUGCGCGCACAAGAAUGAUGCUGUCACGGAUUAUGAAGAGGUGUGGCGAAAGCUAGAUCUAGUGCCUGGACCGAAACGUGCUUGGAUUAUUCAGACUGUCGAGGACAGUUCCCAUGGUGGCACAUUUUUAGGACGAGUAGCAGGGUCAUUCAUGGCGUUACGACAAAAGGACGAUCUUUCAUUUUCGGUGCGGAGUGAAAGUUUAGAUGAGAAUGCACAGUGGAAUGUGAUAUAUGCUGUUGGCCAGGUAGAAGGAGUGCCUUCCUUUGCUGAAGUUGGCAUUUCCGAGUUUGAGGGUGAGGAGGAGUGGAAAGAAGGUAAUAUAGUCUCGGUAUUAGGCACAAAAUAUGUCGUACGAGCUUUUGAAGAUCUCUCAAGUGAGAUGGUAUAAAUUACGGUUAAUAUUAGAAUUGCCACCCAAAUUAUCAAAAU